AACCUUCGAAAAACUAUUAUUUCUAGUCAAAAUCCUGAGCUUGCAUCCUAUAAAGUACAUUCUCAAGCUUUAAAUCCCCGACCAUCCGUUAAUCGAAACCACCCAUGCAUUCGUAGCAUGACAAAUGCCACCUGCUUCAAGAUCUGCGACCAAUAACAGCAAAAGAAGUACUUUAGUCACCUCCCCUUACUUCAAAAAUGAAAAAUCCAAUUCAGUGAAGGUCAAAUCAAAAGUACAUAUCAAAACCACUACCUUCCAAGUGAAGGCGAAUUCCGAUUCCAAUACUGUAUUGCCACCCGUCCCAGAUAUACUAGACUACGACUUGCGCGUCCUUUUUGUUGGGAUCAAUGGAGGCGUUACAAGCUCAAAGCGGGGGCACCAUUUUGCUAGCCCCACAAAUCACUUUUGGCCAUGUCUAUCCGCUAGUGGUCUCGUGGACAGAAAAGUUACUUUCGAAGAUGAUGUGCUUCUGCCCAAGUCAUAUGGAUUAGGGUUCACAAAUUUGACGCCCAAGGUAUCGAGACGUGCAACAGAUCUCACAGUUGCGGAACAACUAGAUAAUGUCCCUCAGUUGACCGAGAAAAUUAAAGAAUACCGUCCUAAGUGGGUGGUAUUCAUUGGAAUGGGUAUGUAUCAAAUAUACAGUGGACGGAAGAAAGUGGGUGUCGGAUUACAAGCAGAAACCAUUCCAUGGAAGGUGGAAACCGGAAGGUCAAAUAUUUUCGUGAUGCCGAGCACUAGCGGACUCGUCGCUGCAUACCACAAAAAGGACAAAAUCAAGUAUUUUAUAGAGCUAGCAAAACUUGUACGCCUCGAUCACAGUGUGUAGAUCUGGCAUUCCCCACUUCAAGAACUCUCGUUGUGAUAUGCUCCAACUCUGCGUUUGGGUAUAUUGCAACGCUUUCAACGCCACGGCAUUUAACGUCGGUAUAACUGAUUCAAGACUACCCAUACAUCUGCUUAUAAAAUUUUUUUUUUUUUGGUUUCAUCGUUGUGGGCGUUAUGGCCACUGACACAGGUACAUUAUUGCCUGAUCGACAAUGUAAAACAAUCAUAUGUCGUGUGAUUUUGUCGAACCGAUGUUUUUAUAACAGAAAUGUUGAAUUGGGAUAGCAGGUAGAGCUAUUCCAUCAUCAUCAGGGUGGCAUAUUUUCAAGAGUUUUCUAGACUUGUUAUAUUAGUGGUUUUUUUUCUGGUUGCUAUAUGUAAAGCGUAUCAACCACGGUCAGUUCAGUUUUGAAUAAAGAAAGAUUUUUCACAGGGUGA